AUGGAGGACUAUAGCAGCUCAUCGGAGGAACAAAGCGACGAAAGCUUUCAAGGAGUCCCUUCCCCAAGUAAUGGGGGUCUAGGUGAGAUAUUUCGGACGAUGAUAGAAGAUAAUAUUCCUGGGCUAUACGGUGAUCCGCGACGAUUGAUGGAACUGAUCGCAAGCGCCGACUAUUUAUCUUCGGACGAGGAAACCGAUGAGGAAGGAGUACGUGCACGUGGAUUGGAGCAAUUUGUGGUAAGAACCGAAAGGGACGAAAACUAUGUGAGACCUGAUCUCAUACAAGUCGCUCUAGUACGGGCCAUAACUGGCAUGCGGGGGAAUGAUGAGCUUUUGACAUCUAUCAACAAGAUUAACAGCAUAAGUAAAUUCAACCCUGGUGAUGAGUUUGAUGCACCCCCAUGCUACAAGCUGGUGCCCAAAAAAGAUUUAUCAAAAUGGCAUCGAGUGGCUCUUGGAACGGUACAAGAGCUGUGUAAUUCUGGCAUGACAGCCAACUUCUCUAUCAAUCCGAAACCUUCAGAUUUUCAUGACAUGUCAAGUUAUUAUUUUUUCAACGAGCAUAACGUUCAAACUGGUGAGGUGGUCCCUCACGCAACUAUUUAUGCUGAAUCUGACACAACUAUGGGGUUCAGGGCCCUAAUGUUUGAAAAUAUAAGUUUCCCACUGUUAGUUGUGCACUUGGCCAAGACUAUUGGUCAUGGAUGCUAUCAUGUUCGCAAUAAUUAUCCUCUUAUUGUAUGGAGUCCGGACGAUAGGGUGCCGCGCUCUAAAAACAGUCCGGAAAAGGGAACCAUGCCUGUUAUCGGUAUGGAAAUUAACAACGACCUCUACUCGGUACAACUGGACCGGGAAGAACAAGUGGAACGCCACAAAGAUGAUUUUGUUGAACUCAUUUCUUAUCUCAAGCAACAAGGAUUUAUCGAAAGGGCCCGAUGCAAGCUCGUGUGUCUAAUGUACAAAUCAAUUUGGGGGCACGAUGCCUAUAUCUAUGCUACCUCUCGUGACUCGUACAUUUUCUGUCCUGAGGAGGUUCGCCAAAACGUUGUUGAUAUUUUAGUGGCUUAUGGCGGCGUAUAUUUGGGGAAAGCAAAAGAGCUUUAUGGAUUGGACUUGGUCAACUCGUUCGAUAACUACUUCGUAAGUGCAGACAGUCUAGUCUCAAAGGCCUGCCUAGUUCAUCCAUUAGGCACAACGUUCAAUUUUGGGCAGCCCCAGACACCUAUUGACGAAGCCACUUAUCGAGAGUUGGCUUCAACUUCCACAGAGCAAGAACAGGUCUCUGCAGAGGUCCAAAAUGACUCUUUAGCAGAAGGGGUCCGCACAGUGCAUUAUUUGAUGUCCCAUUUAUCGUCAACUGUGCGCCCAGAUCUCGAGUUCUGUGUUGAUACGGUCUACUGGAAUUCCGACUCUCGGCCAAAUCGUGGCAACGUACACCUGAACUUUGACGCUUUCCGAACAACCUUCAUUUAUUUGAUGCAUACCUCAGACUCCUCUAUUCGAUAUAGUCUCCCUCCCACCGAAUUCUCUGAAUGGCAGGUAGACUGCUAUUUGGCAUAUCUUCCCAAGGCCGAUCCCAAGAUGGAUUCCUGUGCAUUUGUCUUAAUGCUCAACUCUGAACCACUAUUUUGGAGAAGAUAUGAUCUUGAUAGAGCUGGCAAAGAUAAUGACCGUCUGGCCGUCCGCUUGAUGGCUCUUAUGCUUGAGCGAGCAGGUGUCUUCCCCCUCCUUAGCUCGAUGAGCGGGAAUGAAGAAAUCCCCGUGCGAUACAUAACCGACAGGAGCAUUGCAUGGCUCGAGAAUUUCAAGGAACUUAACCCAACGCUUCGAAAUCCCACUCUCGUAUGCGUGGAACCGCAGGAUAACUUAGCUUUGUUUCUCCUCAGAGGUGCAUUUGGCGACUCCUUCAAAGAGCAACUUCGUAAAUUCUGUAUGGUUUAA